AUGUCGUAUAAUGCUAAUAAUAUACCAAUCAGAAGUCCAGCGCCAUACAGUGACUAUGAAUUAAUUGAUGUUGAUCCUCAUUUCUUUAGGGUUGUUGGUUAUUUUAGACCAUCUGAUUAUGGGGUUUGGGCUGCAUCAAUAGCAUUCUUCCCAGCAGGUUUAUAUGUCUGGGAAAGGUUAGAACCUGUUCAAGGUAUUAAUAAAGCUCCAAUGAAGCUUCCAGGAUCAUUACUUAGACAAUCUCUUGCAUUAGGUGUCAUUGGUGGUUUCUUUACAGCUUAUAUUAGAUCAUCAAAGAGAUUCUUGGGUUGGACUGAAAACGCAAGAGAAGUUAAGAUGGAUAGAUAUGAAAUUAAGAAGGCAUUAUCAGAAGGUAGAUUACCUUAUCAUGAAAAUUUAUCUCGUUUAGAUGAUAGAACUAAGGAUGUUGCCAAUAGAAAUUCUCAAUACGCCUUUACUUUGUUGGCUUUCAUACCUUGGUUCAACUUUGCUUAUCAUCCAUACCACGGUGUUGACCUUAACAGAUACUACGUUGAUAGACCUGGAGAAGAAGCUUGGGGUUUUAAAUUGAAACCUCUUGAUGAAAUCAGGGCUAAAUACGCCACUCACAUUGAAUAA